AGAAUUGCAGUGCUGUUUCCAGGUGUCAUGAGACGAGACGAAGACCGACAGAUCCGACGACGACAAUAGGGAACUGGAUAAACUCUUCCAGCAAGACGAAGAAGCGCCACCAGCAACUAACGAGAUAUCUGCUUACACGCCUUGCAUGCAUUCGACGAAGCCGACGCCGCGAUGACACGCCACCACCGGCCCGCGGCGCUGCACCUCGCCGCCGUACUCGCGCUACUCUCCGCCACGACGAACCUGCCCGGCCAGAUGUUCGUGACUGGCGUAGCGGCGAUAGAGGAUCUGGAGGCCGAGGACGUUCCGCCAGAGUGCGCGCAGUUUUGCGCGCCCAUCGUACAGCUCACGGCCCGGUGCGAGGCACAAGUGAAGGCGCAAUUUGGGACGGACAAGCGGGAUCUAUCGACUCGACAAAAUCAAGAUAUCUUGGACACCAGAGAUGUGGAAGAAAGAAAUCUGAGGCGAGGGUCUGGGAAGAGAAGAACACGAAGGGAUUUGCAGAGGAUGCUGGGGCGGAGACUCAGCAGCAGACAGGAACUGGAGUCUGACGGCGAUAGCAGCGACGAGGAAGAGGAGACAGCGAACCUGACUCCCGGGUCGGGGCUUGUAGCGGCGCCUACGUUGGGCGUCGGACGCUCGGCGAGCGAAUCGGCUGCUAAGGAGGCUGCUGAGGCGGCGACGAAGAAUGCUUCGAGGGUAUAUCAGGGAGAUCAUUGGAGAAUGCGGCUUCGUUGCCGCGCCGGCCGCGCCGGCGCCGCCGGUCACCACCUCUACGACUACGACUACCUCUCCGCCGAUAGUGCCGCCACCGGUGUUGAAUCCGGCAGUAACAACAACAUUACCCGCAAACUUGGCGCCCAUCCAGCCUUUCCCAUCUUCGUCUACGCUCUCAUCCUCGUCAUCGAUACCCCUACCACCAGCACCAGUCAUACCACCGGCCAUUCAAACGUCCACCUCAACAACUCCACCGCCGCCGACUUUCCCAUCGGCAGUACAUACUUCCCCUCUGUCAACUCCCCCGCCGCCGCCCUCCGUACCGCCCGUCAAUGUGGCGUCCUCGACGCCGUCUUCGGGGUCCAUCACACCUGUGACGGUGUUUGUUCCGCCGAAUUUCCAGACGUUGCCGUCCAUUGUGCCUCCGAAUGAUUUCCGCGACGUGCCUGCUUUGCCUGAUGCGAAUGGGAACCAGAUGAGUGGUGCGAUGGGAGGGUUUGGGAUGCUUCGGUGGUGGGAGAAGGGAGGUGCGUGGGUGAUUGUUCUGGCUUUUGUUCUUCUGAGUUGAAGACUAAGAUGAUCUUGAUGGGAAGGUCUGAACUUAUCACUAUAUGAACGGUGGUCACAGG